UUUGUUUGAUUUUACGUUAUGUAGACAUAAAAGAUAUUCCAAUAAUUUAAUUUGGCAUAACAAGUAGAGAUUUACAAACUCACUUCCGGCAUCGGUCUUUCUUCCGGUUGAAGCCGAACUGAUCGUUUGGAUCAGCAUGAAGCUCAACAUAUCUUACCCAGCUACUGGCUGUCAAAAAUUGGUUGAAGUGGACGAUGAGAAAAGACUGAGACCCCUGUAUGAAAAAAGAAUUGCUACAGAAAUUUCUGCUGACUGCCUUGGAGAUGAGUGGAAGGGUUAUGUUCUACGUAUCACCGGUGGCAAUGACAAGCAAGGAUUCCCGAUGAAACAGGGUGUUUUGACCAAUGGUCGUGUCAAGUUACUCAUGAGCAAGGGUCACUCUUGCUACAGACCUCGCAGGAAGGGAGAGAGAAAAAGGAAAUCUGUCCGUGGCUGCAUUGUGGACUCUAACCUCAGUGUACUUGCUCUCACUAUUGUGAAGAAGGGAGAGCAAGAGAUCCCAGGCCUUACAGACAAAACUAUUCCUCGUCGUCUCGGACCUAAAAGAGCGAGCAAGAUCCGCCGCCUGUUUAAUCUUGGCAAAGAAGAUGAUGUUAGACAAUAUGUUGUCAGAAGACCACUCCCAGCCACAGAUAAACUGAAGGCCAGAAGUAAGGCACCCAAGAUUCAGAGACUUGUCACACCAGUUGUUUUACAGAGGAAACGUCACCGCCUUGCUCUCAAGAGGAAACGCUCCACAAAGAAACGUGAAGACGCUGCCGAGUACGCCAAAUUGCUCGCUUUGAGACUAAAAGAAGCAAAGGAAAGAAAAAGGAGCCGAUCUAACAGUAGAACUGCUUCCACUUCAAAAUCUGAAACAAAAGCUUAAAUUAUGCUCUGUUAAAAUACCGGAAAAUAAAGAGAAAAACCUG